GGACAUUUGAUGGAUUCUUAGAUUACAAUGGUAAUUUCCGUUCUUGCCUUUCGAGCGAUAUCAAGCGUAUGUUAUCAUUGUAUGAAGCUUCUUUCCUUUCAAUUGAAGGUGAAGUAGUUUUGGAUAAAGCAAGAGAGUUUAGCUCAAUUCAUCUUAAAGCAUUUGUGAAGAAAAGCUACGAAGAUGAUGAAAUAUCACUUUUGGUUAGUCAUGCCCGAGAGCUUCCACUAUGGUGGAAAAGAACUGGACUCGGAGAAAAGCUGAGUUUUGUAAGGGAUAGAAUGGUUGAGAACCUCAUGGGGACAGUGGGUUUGGCUUUUCAACCACAAUUUGGAUAUUUUAGAAGAGUGGUUUCAAAGGUUUUUGCAAUGAUAACUAGAAUUGAUGAUAUGUAUGAUGUUCACGGCAGUUUGGAAGAACUAAAGCUUUUCACAGAAGUGGUAAACAGAUGGGACGUCAAUGCCAUGGAUGAACUUCCAGACUACAUGAAAAUUUGUUUCCUUGCACUUAAUAACUUUGUCAAUGAAUGGGUUGAUCUCUGUAAAUCAGAUCUAGUUGAGGAGGAUUCGAUUCGGUUUGAAGAAUAUUAUAAUGUUAUUCGCUAUGUAUCAACCAUCUUGCGCCUUCUCAAUGAUUUGGGAACAGCAAAGCUGGAAAAGGUGACUGGAGACAUACCCAAAUCAGUUGAGUGUUAUAUGAAUGAAAUUGGAGCUUCUGAAGCUAAAGCUCAUAGGCACAUAAAUUCCUUGAUAUGUGAAACUUGGAAGAAUUUGAAUAAAGAAGUUAGCAAUUCCUCUUAUUCAAAGAGUUUCAUGGAAGUUGCUGUGAACCUUGUAAGGAUGUGCCUGCGCAUGUACCAACAUGGAGACGGCCAUAUUGUUCAAUAUGAUGAAACCAAGAAACGUAUAAUAUCAUUGUUUUUCCAGCCUAUUGCUUGA